ACCUGACCCUUGCCUGGCUCAGGCCUUUCAUCCCCACCAGGCUCUGGAGCACCCAUGGCCAUGUCUGUCACCAGUGUCACCCCCUGGUCACACAUUCCCUGCCCUGGACACCCCAAUGCCAGGGGGGACCCCAAACCCUGUGGCCUCUCCCCUACUGGCUGAAGGUGCUGAUAGACACACCCAUCCCCAGGGAUGGGGACAGGGCGGGCUGGACUGGGCUGCUGGCCAGAAUCAUCCCACCUGGAAUGCCCCGCUGUCCCAGCCCCCCGGCAGCUGCCAUAAAAGUGCUGGUGACUCGGUGGGAAGCAGGAUCCAGGAUCCAGGAGCUGGGAUGGGGCUGUGCCGAGCGCUGCCACUGCUGCCACUGCUGCUGCUGGGGCUGGCUGGAGCCACCACAACGGCACCACAUGGAUCCACCGCAACUCGGGAUGGAUGGAAUGGAAGCACGUUGUCCUCACCAGGGACCCUGAGCUAUGGGGACGUGGUGGCAGCGGCCGUGGAGCUGCUCAAUGCCAGGGCUGUCAGUCCCUACGUCCUGCGGCUCCGGGAGACUCUGCCCCGGCCCGGGUGGCCCUCAGACCUGCAGAGCCGGAAGGAGCUGAGCUUCACCCUGGAGGAAACGACGUGCCGGACACCAGGAAUGACCAAUGGCAGCUGCAGGAGCCGCUGGCUCGGGGCGGUGACCUUGUGCCAGGGCUCUGUUUUCCUGGAGGGGCAGCAGCCCACGGUGGAGCUCUCCUGUGAGAAGGCUCCGGCCACGUUUGGCCGGGUCUGGAAAUCCAAGGUCAAAGAUUUCUUUGGCAAGAUCAAACAGCGUUUCCGAGGUUUCUUCCAGUGCGGCCGGAUUUGGAUCCGGGAUAGGCUUAAUCUCAAGGCACCCAAACCCUGAGGGGUGACAUUGCUGUGUCCCCAGCCUGUGUGUCCUGCCUGUGCC